AUGGCAGAGAAAGGGAAGGGUUGUUCAGAAGUUUACAACAUUGCCCACAAACUUGAUAGUCGUGAGAUUGGCAAGAGGUUGGCUUCGACAAAUGCUCAUCCUCAGAUUAAGUUCCGCAAUUUUCAAUUGCAGGAAGAGUUUGAUACAAAUCAACCAUCCAAGAUUGUAGAAAUACUUGCAGCUCGCAGUAUUAUAUUUGCUUUGACACAAUCAGGCCAUUGUGCUGCAUUUGAUAGACACACAAAUAAAAGGCUUUGUUACUUGAAUUUAAAUCCACGUGAACAAAUUCGAAAGCUGCACUAUAACAAGAAAAAUAAUUAUCUCAUCACAAUAUCAAUGCUUCCGAUAGAUUCUCAACCAGAUGCUUCCCAUGGAUUCUCAAUGAAGUGCAGAACAACCCCACUUGAGUACAUUAGAAGGGCUCAACCAGAUGUUGGCUUUACUUUCUUUGAGUGUGAAAAGCUGACUUGCACUGGUUUCGUAAUGUUCGAUAGUAUCAAUGGGAAAGGUAUUACUUUUUCAGGUCAAGAUCAUAUUUACAAGGUGUUUGAUUUGAAAAACUAUACACACUUGUACUCCAUAUCUGCCAAAGAAAUUGAAGAAAUAAAGAUCAGUUCUGAUCAACUGCUCUUAGUAUCAAAAAGAACUGCUUGUGGAAGCCAUCUUCCUCUGAAGAUCUUAUCUAUAGAGGAUGGCAAAGUUUUAAAAUCUUUUCAUCAUGCAGUACUACCCAAUAAAACGGUACAUUUUGUUGAGCUGUGUCAUGACAAGAUAUUCGUAAAACAAGAGAAUGAAUGCCUGCAAAUGGUUGAUGUUCAGAGUGAAAAGAUGAUUGAGUUGAGAAAUCAAGAGCUUGAGAAGUCUUCAACAUUUAUUUUCUUGAAUGAGAAACGAUUAUUCUUGACAUUUCAUAGUGGGAUCGUUUUUGUAUGGAGCUUGCAAGGAGAUCUGGUUGCAUCUUACAGAAACCACUUGCUACGGAAUUUUCCUCGUUGCACCGUUCAAUUGAUUCAUAAUGAAGAGCUACUGCUUUCUUACAACAAAAUCCGUAAGUCUGAUAAAACAAAUUGCUCAAUAAACAUUAUUAACAGCUUGACUGGAAAUUGCUGUGCUACGAUUGGUGGCGAUGACCCAGAUGUGGGUACUAGUUGCAGGAAUCAAUCCAAUCUGUCACUAAUCCAGAACACCUUUCAAGAUGCACUUGAUAACGUUACUGCAUUGUUCUAUGACAAGGAAACAAAUGAAGUUUAUACAGGCAAUAAAAGAGGGUUCGUACAUGUCUGGUCAAACUAA